AUGCCUAAUUCUUGUUCUGCUUACAAAUGUAAAGAAAGAUAUAAAAAGGAGGAAAAAGAGAACGCGGAAGUUCAGCAGUCGUUUUUCAGGUGAGUCGGAAAGUCAAAACAAUGGUUUCCGUUUUAGCGCUUCCGGCGCUUAUGUUCCGCAUAUAUUAAUACUACAAAACAAUUGCAUAAACAAGUUUACAUAAUUAAAGGAUAUUUUUAAUAGUGUCAAUGUUUUAUGGAGGUUUUUUUACGAAUAAACAUCAUUCUUCAUAUUUUUUACUUACUGUUAUAGUCACUGUCUUACGUAGAAAUACAUAUAAUAGUUGGCAGUGAACGAUACGGCAAAGAUUGAAGUAUUGAACGAUUUGGCUAUAAUAUAUUAUCGUUUCUGUACGCUUUAUAAAACAGAAUGGUUUCUUCGUUUAUAAUUUUAACAGGUUUCCUCAUCAUAAUGAAGAACUCCUGAGCGAAUGGGUUGCAGCUGUUGGGAGAACCAAUUGGUAUCCAUCAAAAACAUCAGUUCUCUGCGGAAACCAUUUUCUUGAAAAUGAUUUUGUGCUGGGUUCCUACUCAGACUCUAGUUUAAAAAAAAAGUUUUUAAAAAAGGGAGCAAUUCCAAGUGUUUUCAGCAUUCCCGCUCCAUCAUUGAGUAAAAAAGAGCAAACAACACACGAAAUUCCAGCACGAAAACGGCUGGUUGCUAGUGAAAUCGACAACAAUAUCAUAGCUCCUAAUUCGGCUUCGUCGGCGUCAUUUUUUGACACUAGUGGAGAGGUCCCUUCGUGUAAAGUUUUCAAGCCUGCCAUGUCGCCCUCUACAAAAAUAAAAAAAUUACAGCUACUUGUGAAGAAAAAGAACAAAAAAAUUAAGCAACUCCAACGAAAAAAUUUGCGAAAAGAGAAAACCAUUACAGGUCUGAUUACUCAGCUAAAUAAAAAAAAGUUCUUUCAAAAGAGCUCGGCGAGAAACUCGAUAAAAAUUUUAGGCAUUUAA